CCGACCGACCGACCGACCGACCGACCGACCGACCGACCGACCGUACGUACGUACGUUCGUUCGUUCGUUCGUUCGUUCGUUCGUCCGUCCGUCUGUCCGUCCGUUCGUUCGUUCGCACGUACGCGCCUCUCAGCCGUUCUAUUCUGUUCUGUUCUGUUCUAUUCUAUUCUUUUCUCGCUUCUUGUGUUCUCGAUCUCCUCAGCGCGUAAAACGCGACAGCGACGUGGACUUUCUCAUUUCUACGCUGCGCUCUCGGUUGCCCGUCGUACCUAGUAGCGUCGUUUGUCGUUGUCGUCGCUCUGUUACUAUUACUACACUACUACUACUACCGCCACCACCACCGUCGUCGCCACCGUUGCUGCUGCUGCUGCUGCUGCUGCUUCUGCUUCUCCUGCUCCUGCUGUUUCCGAUGCUAGUGGUGGUGCUGGUGUUGCUACUCACUGUGCACACGUCAUACGAAACGCGCGUCCGAACGAACGAACGAACGACUUAACUCGACUCGAUUUAAGACUUUGUGCGACUUCUCGGAUAAAAUUUACGCGAGUAAGAGAGAGAGAGAGAGAGAGAGAGAGAGAGAGAGACAGAGACAGAGACAGAGAGAGAGAACGAAAGAAACCAAAAAACAGAGUUCGGAACGAGGACGAUAGCACGACACAUUUACACGCACAGGGAGGGAGAAAAAGAUAGAAGAGAGGGGCAGGGAGGGAGUGAGAAAAAGAGAUCGGUACUUUUCGAUUCGUAUCGUCGUUUCUAUUGGGAGCAUAAGCCACGUCCCGAGUGAAACUUGGUUAGGUUUCGUGCAUUCAGCGUACACUUUUGGUAUAGAAUCGCAUAUAUCGCAGAGUAACAUAAAUGGCGCUCUAGUACCACCAGCUGCACUUCUAUCUAUUCUACAAAAGGGAUUACAAUAUACGGAAGCAGAAAUUUCUAUUGGCGAAGAUGGAACAGAACAGAGAAUGGUUGAGUCUCUGUCUCUCAUCGACGCGGUUAUGCCGGAUGUUGUUGCAUCUAGACAAAAUCAAAUCAAUCAACAGAAACAACAGAUAAAAACGGAAGUUCAAGAUACGAAUAGAGAAGAAGUGGUGACAUCAAAUAAUGGCGUAGGAACAAGCGAUCGAGGUGGUGAUAGAAAUGAAAUGGAAGUGGACGAACAGCAGCAAGGUACAGGGACGGGUGCUAAUGCUAGUGCUGUCGAAAUACCAGCUAGUAAGGCAACCAAAUUAAGAGGGCACGAGUCUGAAGUUUUUAUAUGCGCUUGGAAUCCUACUACCGAUCUUUUGGCCUCUGGUUCUGGAGACAGCACCGCCCGUAUUUGGGAUAUGUCGGACAAUUCUCAGGCUCCAAAUCAAUUGAUUCUCCGCCAUUGCAUCCAAAAAGGUGGCGCAGAAGUACCUAGCAACAAAGAUGUUACUUCAUUGGAUUGGAAGUGCGAUGGUACGUUGCUAGCAACUGGAAGUUACGAUGGAUAUGCGCGCAUUUGGACGACAGAAGGCAGAUUGGCUACUACUUUGGGUCAACACAAAGGUCCAAUUUUCGCAUUGAAGUGGAACAAAUGUGGCAAUUACAUUUUAAGUGCAGGUGUCGAUAAAACAACUAUUAUUUGGGACGCCGAAAGUGGCGAGUGUACUCAGCAAUUCAGUUUUCAUUGUGCACCUGCAUUAGACGUCGAUUGGCAAACUAACACAUCAUUUGCUAGUUGCUCUACGGAUCAAUGUAUUCAUGUAUGCAAACUGAAUGUAGAUAAACCCAUAAAGAGCUUCCAAGGUCAUACGAACGAAGUCAACGCAAUAAAAUGGGAUCCUCAAGGUAAUCUACUAGCUAGUUGUUCGGAUGACAUGAGUUUGAAGAUAUGGUCUAUGAAGCAGGAUACGUGGGUACACGAUCUUCAAGCUCAUAGUAAAGAAAUUUAUACGAUCAAGUGGUCUCCAACUGGUCCAGGGACACACAAUCCGAAUAUGAACUUGACACUUGCUAGUGCAUCAUUCGAUUCUACUGUAAGAUUGUGGGAUGUAGAAAGAGGAGCUUGUAUACAUACGCUCACAAGACAUACAGAACCAGUGUACAGUGUAGCGUUUAGUCCGGAUGGCAAGUUCCUUGCUAGCGGAAGUUUUGACAAAUGUGUUCAUAUUUGGUCUACUCAGAGCGGGUUAUUAGUUCACAGUUACAAAGGUACGGGUGGUAUAUUCGAAGUAUGUUGGAAUAGUAGAGGUGAUAAAGUUGGUGCUUCGGCAUCAGAUGGCAGCGUAUUUGUUCUCGAUCUUCGUAAACUGUGAUUACGAACAUAGUUUAUAUUAUUUUUCUCCAAUUCGUCAUUUCGUUACACUUUUGUAUUACCUUCUCUCUGUAUUUCGCUUAUUCAUACAUACAUAUAUAUAUAUAUAUCUUUUCUUAACGUUUACGUAAAAUUAUUAUUACGUAUGAAAUUAAAUUAUAUCAAAAUUUUAUUGAAAAGUAAUUAUUACGAAAGAAUACCAUUUGUUAAUACCGAAUUGUGUCUCUACAAAGAAACAAAAAAAAAAAAAAAAAAAAAAGAAA